UGCGUGUUGCCGGGGUUUGGUGUACAGAUUAUUUUGUCGCCCAGGUAAUGAGCAUAGUACCAGAUAGGCAGUUUUUUGAUCUUCACUCUCCUGCCCGCUCAAGUAGGUCCUCGUGUCUAUUUUUCCUUUUCUGUAUGUCCAUGUGUACUCGAUGAACAUGUGAAUUUCUGCUACUCUGUGUAAGGCUGCUUUGAAACCGUAGGCAGCGCUCAAUCCAGGCUCCAGAGGCUCUCUCUCAUGCCUGGCUGCCCCUCUGCCUCAGGGCUGACUGCCUCCAACACUUCAGUGACUUCAUUUACAAGCAAUGCAAACUACUGCUGUCCAGGCUUUCUCUGUGCUUCCUGUGAGUAUAUUUGAGAGCAAAGGUAAUCUGUAUUAUUAGGUCCAUGUUUAUGCCAGUUAAGCACUGUAGUUGAUGUUCCAUGCUAAACUUAGCUCCAACCAGGAUCCCUGUUAUUGAAUUGUGUUGCCACCAAAUUCACAUGCUGAACCUGUAACCCACAAUACAUUAGAAUGUGACUAUAUUUGGAGAUAGGGCCUUAAAGAGGUGAUUAAGGCUAAAUGAGGGCAUAUGGAUGGGACCUAGUCCAAUAAGAUUGGUGUCCUUAUAAGAAGAGUGAAAGAUACCAGGAAUGUGCUUUCACAGAGGAGAGACCCUGUAAGGACACAGGGAGAGGGCAGCAACCUGCAAGCAAAGGAGAAAACAGCCCUGCUGGCACCCUGAGCUUGGAUUUCCAGCCUCCAGAGCUGUGAGAAAAUAAAUUUUUGUUUUUUAAGCCACCUAGUCUGUGGUAUUUUGUUAUGGCAGCCCUAGCAAACUAAUACAACCUCUAUUCAAUUUGAUCCUAGACACUUCCUGGUAUUCUUUGGCUACUGACUCUCCAUAUGCUAAUCAUAACCAGAAACCUCCAGUGAACACUUUCCUGUUGUGGACACUGUUCCUCCGUCAUCCCAUUUUAUCAUCACAAAAUUCCCGUGAGCUUAGUAUAAUUAUUUUAAAAAUAAUAAUUAUACUUCAUAUAAGUAUAUCAUUAGUAUAAUUUUAUACAUAAUUAGUACGGGCAUGGAGAAGUUAACCAACUUAGGCACGAUCACAUAAUCAGUAAGAGGCAGAGCUGGGAUUGGAAACCAGAUGGUCUGAAGCAUGAUGUUCUCCUGAUGAGAUGUUGCUGUCAUGGUGUGGGACUCAGUGGAAAAAAGUGCAGAGGACCCCACUUCUUUUGCCCUACUCCUUUCUUACUAGUGACACCACCAUAAAGGGUUGUGUGGAUGUUUAAGACUUUAUGGUAUCUGGAUAUUCUUAACUAUUCUACUUGAGAGAAGGGAAGGAACAAGAUAGUUCUUAUUCGCACAUCACAGAUCAGAAAGGUAGGCAUGGGGAGCUGCUCUUCCAGGUGCACAAACAUUUGUGACUCAACAUAAUGGUUAUCAGACCAUCCCCUCUUUCUUAUGCAACCAAAUUUCCCAAGACAGCUGCUUUAAAUGUGUGAAAUUCAGCUGUCCAAACAGUAAAUGGUUUUGACACUUAGAUGGCUUUCUUGACCUAGAGUAGAACUUGUUAUUUAUGAUAAUAGGAACAAUUUGUGGGUUAGAAUUCUUCCCCUCUGGCCAUAGUUAAGCAAGGGGACAAACACUGUCUUUAAUCCCACCUUUGCUGCACCCUGGUUUCAGUGGGAAAAGCUAUAUUAUUAGAGAGAAAGGCCCUGUCAAGAAAGAAAGGUCAGAAAGGUAGAGGCAGGGAGAAAAAGCAGAGGUUGUAAUAGUAUCACUGGGUGAGGCCCAGGAGGGUAAGCAGCACAGCGGGAGUUGUUACGGAUGUCAUUAUUAUAGCAUUUAAGGAUUGUGCCCCUUUGUGAUCAGGGCCAUUCUCUGACCUUGAUGUCCUCUUUCAAUCACUUGCUAUGGGAAGCGUUGAGGAGUUUUGUCAUCCUAAGAUAGAAAGAGAUGAGAGUACUCAAGAUAAGGCCUUUGGAAAAGCAGAGUGGGAUUGGUAGAAUUGACUUAGCAUUCAAAAUCUUGGUAAUUGUGCCUGACUGUGGGUUUGAUCUGGGAACAGGUUCUCCUCUAAUACUCCUGGAAUGGCUGCUAUAGGCAUUCUCCUAGAAGAAAACCACUUAUGCCUAGGAGUUUGGAAUCUGGCAAGGCACUUAGAGGCUCCCAGAAAAUCCCCAAGAGAAGGAAGUCCUGCAGAUGGGGAAAGAUACAAGGAAAAACACUUCAACUUCAGGAAUCCUUGGUCAUCAUCUGUAAGAUGAGGUCAACUACUUCUAAACCACAAGAUUGUUCAGAAAAUUCAAAGAUGUCAGUGGGAUGCCUGAGGGCAGGUGAUGAGAAUAAAUAAAGCUGGAACGUCUCACUGGGAUGUUCUCAGGAAAAGGCCCCAGGAUGUUCCGGUUGCUUCUACUGGGCCUGUUCGUAGUGCUCUUCAUGGAUGAGGGAGACAGAGUCCUGACAUGGAAAUGUACGGUGUAGCUGGUUUGUCGUUUUUGGAUAAAUAAUGCCACAGUGAGGGAGACAUUCUUGAGUUCUCUACACAUUGUCCUCUCCCCACUCAAUACUCCAGUGUCUUCUUUCCUGCCUAGACUUGGGAGGGUCCCUGACUUCUUUGGGGGUCAUAGCUGUUACCCAAUCAAGGGAGUAAGGUCCCCUGACAGAGGCCAGGACUAGUGUCAACUUUCUUCUCAUGAGGUUUGCACCACUUCGAUAUAAAUGUUUCCGGGUGGGAAGAGACUUCUGAAGCUGAAUCACUUUCCCUAGUGCUGUUCUUUAAAGUGCCUCUCUUUUUCAGGGGUUCGAUUUUGCAAUUCCUGUGAACGCUUUGAUGGAUCCAUUUGCCACGGUGGCAUGAAAAGUUGCUGGAAGUUUAAUUUAUAUUCGAAAAACAGGAGUUGUGCCACAGAUCACUAUUACUUUAGUGAUCUCACUACAGAUGACUAGCCCAGAUCACGAAAGAACAACUCACUCCUUCCAGAGGAAGCUGCACCCGACAGAAGCUCCAGGAUGCUUGUUCUCUUUCUGCUGAGCACAAUCUUUCUGCUCUGCCCAUAUUGGGGUGAACUUCAUGACCGUGUAGAAGCGACUGAAAUAAUGUGUUAUAAAUGUAAAAAAUAUCAUCUCGGGUUAUGCUAUGAUGUCAUGACAUCCUGCUCCCUGAAGCCUAAACAGUCCUGUGCAGUUGAGAACUUUUACGUCCUUACAGUUACAGGGCAGAGCCUGUAUCAUUAUUCAAAACUGUCGUGUAUGACCAACUGUGAGGACAUCAACUUCUUGGGGUUCUCGAAGAGGGCAGAGCUCAUCUGUUGUAAUCAUAGUAACUACUGCAACCUCCCUGAGGGAGUUUAGCUCUGUAUAUCUCCUGGAUUUGGGGUUCUUUUUCAACCACUACCCUUUUUUUCUCUUCCCUGAACCUGAAUUUUGCUCUCUUCUUCUAUGCAACGGUACAGAGUGAGAAAGCCAGCUCAUAGUGAAAAAACAAGCAGGCAUAAGGAGACGCAGUGCGGGCAGCAGAGCCCAGUGAUGAUGGAGCCCUAGACUCACUCUUUGCACAUCCCUGUCACUCACAGGUGGGAGGGGUUUUGCUCUCCUUACGUGAUACUGCCAUGAAUAAGCUCAGACUUAGUCAUUUGUUAUCUCCUGUAUGAAUAUGUGAACACUUGGGCCAUAAUAAUCUCCAAUUUGUACUGAGAUUUCUGUGAGUAUCCUGUAUCCUCAUCUACACUCUUCUCUCAGUUGGAAUUCUCUUUGGAUUAGCCCCGACACUUUCUGGCACUGUCUUUUUUUGCCCAUGGGUUCUGGAGAGGGCUAACCCCAGCUUCCCAGUGUGUUGGCGGCAUGGGCCAAGUCUUUCUCUGAUAGAGCUCUUGGGGGAACCUCAGGGCAGAAAAAAAACCUGAACAGACAGGGAUAAGGCAUUAGAGAAAAUUUCAGGGGGCAUUUCAAUUGGUAAAAACUAAGAUCUGAGAGAUAACUUGCUGUGGGUAGAAUUGGCUUGAAUUAUCAUUGCCCUGGCCGGCCAGGCAGCCUUGGGCACAUGGUUGAACUAGGUGAUUAGAUUGGGAACAGAGUGUUUUUUUAAGGAUGGCUAGUCAGGUUCUUCUCAUGGGACUGAGAAAACAAAAUGCUGAUAAUGUGGCAGGUGGCAUGGUAGUUGAAGAUAAUAGGAUGUAAAUAGAUACCAUGAGGUAGCGUUCAAGUAACAGAGUGCCCUGUGUAAGAGGAAGUUAUGAGUAUGCAGAAAGUGUGAGAAAGGUAGCAUAUAGGGGUAACAGUGGUGGAAAGAGAAGCAGGCAGACACAGAGAGAAACAGAUAGGAAGAGAAACUAAGUAGCAUUGAUGUUGGAGCACACCUGUGGCCAACGUGGCACGUUUUCCUUGGAUACACACUAACCCUGGUGUUUCUGUCCUUAUGAGGCUGACUGCAGUUCUUGGUCCUGGUCUUCCAUGAGCUGCUUUCUCUUAUGCCACAUAAAAUUCUUACAAUGAACCAACCAACCUUCUAUCUGAGUAGUCUGGUAUACCCUAUCUUUGUCUAUGUCUGAGAAUAUAAUGCUUUCUGAGGAAUUCUCAAUUUGGAUUUUGAAGAGUCAGGAUGAAAGAUACAUGAAGACAGCUGUUUCACGGUAGACAAGCAAACUAGAAAAGCUAACGCAACAUGAAUAUUUUAAGUUUGAGUUAUGGGCUCUGGUUGUGUAAGAGCUCUCUCCCCAUUGAAUCAUGGGGAUGGUAGAAGUCAGUCCAGAAAAAGAAAAGAAAAUAUUGUUUAGCUUUGGUUUUCAAAACAGACUUUAAAAAUAUUUUUGAAUCGAUGUUAAACAAAGCCAAAGUUUGGUUUUGUGAAGCACGCAGAGAGUUUUAAUUAUAAAAUCUUUAUGUUUCAAGAGCAUACUUUGGCAUUCUCAGCAUUAUAGCGUUGAAUUUGUCUUUAUGUAGUGGAUGAUUUGGAUUUGAAUUUGGUGGCUUCCAAAAUCCCCUUUGCUGAUAAGUGCACCCAGUUGCAUCAUGUGUUGACUUAUGACAACUCACAGUUACUGACUUCUUUGGAGAUUUCUCUCUGCUAAAUAUUAAUAGAAGCAGCCUUGCCCAGAUGCUAAACUCACAACCUGCAUAUGGGCCUCAGCCAAUGAAUGGCUGGGCCCCUUGUAUUAAGGUAGAACUAAGUCUGUGGUGCAGUUUGUACCCCAGAGCUUUUCCACGGGAUCCAACUAAAGCUAGUCUUCAGCUGAGACCAUGUUUUUGUUAGUAAUUCCCCCCUAACUUCCCUUCAUUCCCUUAUUCUCUAAAUUUUAAGCUGACAAGACCAAGUGUUUUGUCUCACUGUGAAUAGAGCUCUAAAACAAAAUGAGUUCAGGUUAGAAAACGAAGUUACAUUUUGGCACUUCCAAGUAAUAGUGUGUGUAGUGUCUAAACUAACUCUUCCUGAGUCAGGAUAAUCUUUCUUCUUAGGCUUCCUUACCGACUAGAUAACAUUUCUCUAACCUUGGAGAAUAUUUUCUGUGCCUUACCCUAUCUUCGGAUAUUCUUCCCACUUCCAUUUUCUAACCUGAUCAAACAAACGUAGCAAAAGUUAGGUGAAAAUUUCUUUACCCACAUGAUAAAACACCAAGAAUUUAUCCUCUGAUAUGCACAUGUUCUUUUUUCAUAUAUAUACAUAAUUAUACAGAGAAUUGUUUCUUCAAAUAUCUUUUUAAAGGACAAUACUUUGGCUAACGAUCUGUUACUUUGUAAUUGACUGGUAAAUAACUCACACAACCUUACCUAUUAAACCAAAAUAAAUUUC